AUGGACAAAGGAGGGUCGUUGUUGGUGGGAUUUUGUUACGGAGUAACAACGAAUCGAGAGAACUCCAUCGAGUUCGGCGGAUUAGGAAAGAGAACGGCGAGAGUUGGAGGCAGUGCUGCACCUUACGCGCCUUGGGUCAAAGUGGAGAGUAUAUCGGAAAAAGGGGAGUUGGAACAAGGGCUGGUCCCAGAGGUAGAAAUGCCAACAAGUUCUUCGAGAAGUACUAUUUCACAUAAUCUCACUUCUACCACCACUACCCCAGAUCCACUGAAUGAAUUAUCGCAGCAGUUGUCACAAUUACUAGCCAUUAUGACGAUGCAACAAAAGGAACAAAAUGCAUUAAGGGAAGAACUGGCUAUGAUCAAGGCUGACCGACAGAACCAACAGCUACUCACCUCAAAAGGGGCAAGCUCGAUCAAAAUCGAAGAGAAAAAGCCGUGUUUGGAGCCAAAACUUACCAACAACAAACGAAUAGGAAGAACCAGAAAGAUCCUGUUCAUGUACGGUUAUCUAUGGGGUACCCCUCAAAUGCUCUUAACUCCGGCCAUAACCAACCCAAGUAUAUGGAAUUCGACGAAAUGGCUAGAGACAUACCAUAAAUUCAUUCAACACUUAAGGACGCAAUUUGGGGACAGCAACAUGGCGGGCACCGCUAUGCGGAAACUACAAGAGCUACGACAGACCGACACCGCAGCGGAAUACUUUGCAAACUUCGAAUUAUGGUCAACUCAUCUCGGAAAGGUACCCGAUGCGAUGAAAAACCGCAUCAGCCAUACAGGGCCUGAAAGAAGAACUACUGAAAGUGGUAGUGGAACCGAGGAGAAUCAACGGAUGGCUGAAACGAUGAUUGCAGCAAACCAAUGGGCGGCUAGGCGUAAAAAUGAAACAACAUGGAUCCCCCCACGAUGGAACUCGACACGAUUGGAUAGUAAUCUUUCGAACCCUGUGCAACAAAACCCGCAUUCAGGUGGUAGAGGACCACUACCAGGUGGGAAACCAGGGAUGAUGAAUCUUGGUCUACCAAAUGACCCUCCGGUCACUUGGACAGAGGACGGAGGACGCCUCAGUGAGAACGAAAUGACUUGGAGAAGGGAGAACCGACGCUGUCUCAAGUGUAGGAGCCCAGAACAUUAUGCCAAUAACUGUCCAAAUGGAGGAAACACGAGGAACAACAUUAGAGGAUCCCCAAACCCGCAUGGGUCACCAAUUCCUAGUGGAUUGAACUCAAUUCCAACUGGAUCCAAAGGGCCAUUGGUUCGAGGAAUGGCGGUGACCUUUGAAGAAGAGGGAAACGACUACCUGGCCUAG